AUGCCAAAAGUCGAAGUUAAACCAGAUGUGGUUGCCAAUCCAGAUCUCGUGUUGAACAGGCCUGACCCAUUGGAGAAACCGCCAGUUCAGGUGGUCGUCCAGACUGAAGAAGUGCCAAUGGACCCUCUAUAUCCGCCUGAGAACCCAUUCUCAGAUCACGCGUCUAUUGCGACUGCUUCAGACCGCGCAACCAACGUUAUACCCAUCGGCAUCGUCACCCCAAGCUCUGCUAGUGUCGCACUCUCACACGCCGAAAGCACUCAGACGGCCAUCACGCCUUCUUCCAUCGCCACUACAACCUUUAGUGCUCAACAAGCAUCCGAUAGCCCUUAUCGUCAAGGGCCUGCUGGUCCCAUCCGUCCGCAGCGAGGCCCCGAAAUUGACAUGCGCCUGGAUUUAUCACGACCUACCUCCGAGCUGCUGCUGCCACCCAAAAUUCCUUAUGCGCCCAGCUCACGAUCUGGUGCUUCUGGUGUCUCUGGCGUCUCCUCACGUGCCUCGACAAUCUCGACCUCGAGCUCGUUCCUCAACGAGGCUCCGCAGAUUGUCACACCAAAACAGGCCACGUUCCGACAAGUCCUCGGCGUUCAAAAGGCCGAAGUCGUCAAACUGUCCUCAAGCCCGUCAUCCCCCACCGCGUCGCUCAAGUCGCAUCUUUCUACCUCGACGUUGGGCAAACCUACACGAUCACCGUUGAGCCAACAAGCAUUUGAUGCCGGCGACGCAAAUGGUGCGCUGGAUCAGGGCUCUGUUGAUCCGUUUGUGGACCAAAGGGACUCGGACGUCAUGUCGACCUUUAGUGACAUGCGCUCGCCCGUAGACUGGAGCUCAGACCGACCAAUGAGUGCAAUGUCCAACGCCGAGUCGAUUGCCAACAUUGCAAGCGCCCAACGAGUGCAAUUGGUUCGACCAAUGGCACGAGGUGUGGCAGAGACACGCGCGCUGCUGGCACCACCUAGUCCGUCCACGGCUACACCUAGAGCUGCAGAUUUCCGUUCUGCUGGACAGCUUUCGCCUCCUGCGCAAGCAAUCCCGCGCUCGUUUGACGAAGAUCAACGAAUGUCGCUAUCGUCUGUCGCACUUACCAACCGCACCUCGACAACAGACUCGAUUCUCGAAGCCUUUCCCUUUGUCCCUCCCUCGCCCAUCUCGAUGCAUCACAGCCAGCCUAAUACCCCGAUGCAACGGAGUUUCCAACAGCAACAACAAGCGGGCCCGACACACGUCCCUUCUGAUCACCGUCCCGGAAGGGCAACCCUCGGAAUGUCGACUGCGUCCGCCGUCUCCUCUGGGCUCGGACAGUUCCCGUUCCAGAUUGAUCGUGCUAGCGUAAGCGGCUCGUCGGAUCGUGAUGCACGGGCGAGCCUUGAUACGGUUGUGUUGAGUCGCGACGUGGCCGAAUACCCGCUACCCUUUGCGGGUCCCAACACUCCUACUGCGUCACAUCCAGACCAGAAGCGUGGUUAG